AUGUCUCGAUCGAACCCCCCUAACACUGCGGGGUCCCGCAAGAUCUCGUUCAACGUGAGCGAGCAGUAUGAUAUUCAGGAUGUUGUUGGUGAGGGCGCCUAUGGUGUUGUCUGUGUGUCAAUUCUAACUCUUCUCCAGCUCUGCCAUUCACAAGCCCUCCGGCCAAAGGUCGCCAUCAAGAAGAUCACUCCUUUCGAUCACUCCAUGUUUUGUCUAAGAACCCUGCGAGAGAUGAAGCUGUUGCGAUAUUUCAAUCACGAGAACAUCAUUUCCAUUCUCGAUAUCCAGAAGCCCCGAAACUACGAGUCAUUUAAUGAAGUUUACUUGAUCCAAGAACUGAUGGAGACAGAUAUGCACCGAGUCAUCCGCACCCAGGACCUUUCUGACGACCACUGCCAGUACUUCAUCUACCAGACCCUCCGCGCCCUCAAGGCCAUGCACUCGGCCAACGUACUGCACCGAGACUUGAAGCCCUCCAACCUCCUCCUCAACGCCAACUGUGAUCUCAAGGUGUGCGAUUUUGGUCUUGCGCGAUCCGCUGCUUCGCAGGAGGACAACUCCGGUUUCAUGACUGGAAUAUGUCGCGACUCGGUGGUACCGUGCGCCCGAGAUCAUGUUGACUUUCAAGGAGUACACCAAGGCCAUUGA